AUGGUGUGGCUGCGGUUCUGGGUGUGGCUGAUAGAGUCGAUGCCAAGCAAUCAUCACGGCAGCCAUAUAGCCUACCAACUACCAAGCUACUACUACCCUCGGCCUCCGGACUAUCGGAGAACCGGCCAUCGGACCCAGCGCCAAACUCCGGCCAGCGGAGAUGCCAGGAAGAAAAAGAGCCGGAAAGCCAGCGUGACUCAGAGCCAACGACAGGGGAGCCCACCGCCCACGGCCAGGAACCCGGAGUUCCGGACGCCCCGCAGUCCCUAUUAUUCCCUUCGCCCUAGUGGUCUACGGGCGCUGAUUGGCCACUACUCCCCGGGAGGCCCGAGACCACCUGAUCCCUCCAUCGUCGCAACUUCUCGAAGGCUUCCCUUCUGCUGA